AUGUCCUCAAAUGACGAUUAUCAGACCUACAAGCUUGGGAACUUCAAGCUCAAGUCUGGUGGGGAGAUACCAGAUGCUUUCAUCGCUUACAAAACGCUAGGUGACCCAUCACUCCCCGCUGUCAUAUAUCCAACAUGGUACAGUGGGACGAUAUCCGACAACAUCUGGCUCACGGGCGAGGGCAAAACACUCAACCCUUCCGAGUACUACAUCAUCAUGCCUGCAUUGUUCGGCAAUGGCCAAUCGUCGUCACCAUCAAACAUGCCAGAUUUGCGCCCUUUCCCAGAAGUGCUGUUUUACGACAACGUACGAGCCCAGCAUGAGCUUGUCACCAAACAUCUGGGUGUCAAGCAUGCUCGUGCUGUUCUUGGUUGGUCCAUGGGUGCAGGACAGACAUACCAAUGGGCUACGCAAUUUCCAGACUUCAUGGACCUUGCGGUACCGUUCUGUGGAAGUGCGAAAACGAGCCUGCAUAACCAGGUCUUCCUAGAAGGCGUCAAGAGCGCCUUGUAUUCCGCUCUACGGACAAGUUCCGCAGGCGUCGCAAAGCCAGACCUUCAAACUGCUCAGGGCCAAAAAGUGACUUUUUCCUCAGAGACUCGAGAAGCUGGGUUGAAGGCUCUUGGUCGCGUUUAUGCUGGCUGGGGCUUCUCUCAAGCAUUCUAUCGCGAGAAACUGUACGAGACAGCGCCUAUGCUUGGAUUCAAGAAUCUGGACGACUUUCUUGUCAACUUCUGGGAGGCAUGGGCACUUUCGAAAGACCCGGAGAAUAUGCUGGUCAUGGCGCAUACGUGGCAGACUGGUGACUGCUCGCAGCAAGAGCCGUACGAUGGUGACUUCGAGAAAGCGAUGAAGGGUAUCAAAGCAAAGACACUAGUCCUACCGGCGAAGACAGAUCUUUACUUUCCGCCAGAGGAUUCCGAAAUUGAAGUUCAGAACAUGACGCCAGGGGUGGGAACAUUGAAAGUAUUCCCUUCCAUCUGGGGUCAUUGGGCUGGUGGGCCGGGACAAUCGACGGAAGACGUCAAAUGGCUCGAUGCGCAGAUCAAGGAGUUCUUUGCUAAGAACUAA